AUUGUUUUCAUUGCUCCGGAAGUGACGCCACAAAGCUGCGUUCUACUUCCACACAUACAGAUGUUGCCAAGCAAUGGUUUCCCGGAGUAACCAAACAGUAGGCGCGUUAGUUAUUCAUUGUAAGCCGCUGUUGCGAAGGUUUGCAGGAAAGUUCGAAAGAGAGCGGAGAUAUAUCCGAGCAGAAGGCAAGUGGCCGGGACGUUAGUGUUGAGAAGAUGGCUGCCUUGCUGGAGGAGAGCAUUUACAAUCUGAUACCUCAGGCUCCACACAAGCCUUUCAAGGGACCUAGAUACAUAUCAAAACUGAAUCCAUAUGUGAAACAUACAAUACAGCAGCGUAAAUGUCAGUGGAAGACCAUGGGACCAGCAAAAGUCCAUGCACCUUCUCCAAAAGAUUUCCUUCAGAAACAUUCAAAGGAACCAAAACUACCAAAGAGGAAAAAAGAUCACGCUGAAAAGAAAGCUCUAAAAUUAAGCGUUCCCCACAGAACAGAUCACCCAAUUAUGGGCAUUCAGAGUCAAAAGAAUUUCAUAAACACAAAUGCAGUAAAUGUUAUCAUGGGAGUGCCUAAGAAACCGGUACCAGUUUGUGUCGACAAGCACCAAGGAGAUAAAUUUCUCCUUGAAACUUCAGGACUUGUUCCAAGAUACCUGAAAAAAAAGGAUUAUGGUGUUACUCCAGAAUAUGUAAUAAGGCGAAAUGAAGAAGCAAGGAGAGCCCAGGAGGCAUAUGAUGCCUACGUGAAGAAGACUCUUCGGGAAAAAGCCAUGAAACGGCUCUCUGAUGAAGAGCGGGAGGAACUUCUUGACGGACUUAAGAAGAACUGGGAACAGGUUCAUCAGGCAUUCCAAAGCCUUUCAGUAGAAAUUGAUACAUUACCAAAGAAACUUAACAAAGAAAGAUUGGAGUUGCAGAUGAAACAGUUGGAACAUGACAUUAAUACUAUAGAGAAAUACAAAGUGAUUUAUAUUGCAAACAAAUAAGAUGAUUAUUUUUUCAGAAAAAAUAUUUUUUUGGUUCCAAGAUGAAAAUAAAGUUGCUUUUCAUAGGAAGUGCAAAACAUCUGUUUACUCAACAGUAGGAAAAGUAACUAAUUUUUAAACGUAUAUUAGAACCUUACCAUGCUUCAUGUGUUCAAGGUUGUAAAAUAUGCAUAAUGUAACUUUUUUUUUAAGUACACAUCUGCUUUUCCCCUCUAAACUUUAAAAUUAGGUGUAUAAUGAAAAGAAUGUGAAGCGUUUCAGCUAUCAUAAUAAUAUGUAACAUCCUGUACUGUAAUAAUUCAAGUAGAUGUAUGAAUAAUAAGGCAGUGGGAAAGAUUUGGGUAUAGUUAAUAAAGUGCUAUUGACAUUUAA